AACUAGUUUAUAAGUUAAACGGCACCUUCAACUUUUUUGGAUUUUUUCUCAAAAAUUUCUAACUCAGAAUCACAACUAUUUGAUAUCAGUCAGAACCUUUCAGUUCUGAGAAGGAAAUGGAUGAAGCUAACAUCGAUAACGUGGUGGUGAAUCUCACUGGUGAAGAAGAAAUCUCGGACGACGACGAUUCACCUAAAGAUUCAGAAGAUACUUGGAAUGUUAAUCCUGAAGUCGACUUCAAGUCGUCUACUUGUCUUCAACCAAACCUGGAUGGGGAUGUGAAUGGGUUUUUUUUUUCUCAAGCAAUUCAACCUCCUUGUUGCAAUCAGAUGGAACGAUUGUCUAUUUCUUCUGCGAAUACUUCAGUUCCUCCUCCAAAUAUCGGUGCUUCUGAAGAAAUGGUUGAUGAUUUGUUGCAAGGAACACCACCAAUUCAUGAAUCUAGUAGCUUGGGGACAAAUGCUGAUAAUGAGGGUAAAGUGUUCGACGAUUUUCCUGAAUCAGAAGAUGAGCCACGCUUUGAAUUCACGGGAAAUUCGAAAUUACAAUGCUCUCACAGUGAUCAAUCUCUUCGUUGUGCUGACUUAGGUGAAGGAUCAAAAUCAGUAGCGGAGAAAGGUAAUAAAGAUAGAAUUAGUGAAUUAACUGAUGCCUCAAUACAUCACAUUUUUUCUUUCCUAAACAUAGGAUAUGUUCUACAAACCUGUCUUCUGUCGAGAAGAUGGAGGUAUCUUUGGCUUUCUCUACCUACUUUAAGAAUAUCCGAAAACUCUAUGGCUUGGAAAAUUGAUGAUAGGUUUGAAGCGUUGAAUAGAUAUAUUGUUUUUGUGGAUAGAUUACUACUUUUGCGUGACAGUUCAUCAACUAUCAAAACCUUCAAACUUAAAUGGGAAAACGUCGGUAACUUCCUAAGUGAUUUGGAGUUUAAGUACGACGUAUCAAGACAUAUCGUGACAUGGAUCAUGGCUGCUGUUAAGCAUAAUGUUCAAGAGCUAAAUCUUACUAUGUGGUUAAGGGAGGUGAUUAAAUUGCCAGACUGUUUGUUCACCUGUAAAUCACUGACAACGUUGGGGUUUUAUGGAUUUGGUAGGGAUUUGACAGCCUUUGUUCUGCCUGAUAUGAUAGCGUAUAAUUUCCCCCGGCUAAGAUAUCUGGAACUUAAGGGAGUCUCACUUGGGGACGAAAACUUAACUAGUAAGCUUUUCUCAAGCUGCCCAGGUUUGGAGUCUUUGGUGUUAACAGAUUGCAGUAUAAAGUUCGAUUUUUCCUCUCUUGGUCUUAAACACUUUCAUCUGGAUAAUUGUGAUGACGUUUGUGAGUCAACCGAUUACUAUGACAUCACUGUUAAGUUAUCCGCUCCAAAGCUGACAUCCCUUAUCUGCAAAGAUUAUAUGUCACAAGAUUAUUCUCUAGAGAACCUUUCUUCUCUAGUCACUGCUGAUAUUGGAAUGAAAGUGAGUGAUGAUAAUAGAGUGGAUUUACCAAAAAAUGUUUCAGAGCUCGCUACAGAGGUUAAAGAGUUGUACAGUGCUCGAAUGGUAAAAUUUAUAAGAGCAGUCAGCAACGUGACAGAUCUUACUUUGUCCUCACCUGGGUUCCUCGAGGUUGUCUCGGAAUCUCUCGACUCGCUAGGUGACCCCUACUUGCAGUUCAGUAAUCUACGGUUUUUGAAGGUUGAAACAUGGGUGUCAAGCAACUGCAUAAAUACGAUAGCAUACUUGGUCAGGAUAUCCCCUAAUAUUGAAUCUAUUUUCUUAACAAUUGAGCUGACAAAGUUAAAUGCAAACAACACAGGAGGCGAUUGGAUAGUAGGGUCGUUAUUUCCUUGCCUGCACUAUCUCAAGAUUGUUCAAAUACGGGGUACCCAAGGAUGUCUCAAUGAACUUAAGUUCUUGCAAGCUUUGUUAAAGAAAGCCAUUGUCUUGGAGAAAGUUACGCUUUUCUAUUAUAAAACAGACUCACCUAAGAGAGCUACACAACUGAUGGGAUUCAAAGAGAUGCUACUUGCAUAUCCUAGUGCCUCUCCAAGUGUCUCAAUCUCGAUUCAGUUGCAGGCGAAAUAAAAACUUAUAAAUUCCCGUAUCAAAACUUUAUGUAGUAUCUAUGGCAUUUUUUUUUGAAAAGAAGAAGUUUUAUUAUUAAAAAGCAGGAACUUUUCUUGGGUAACGAGUCCCCAAUGAGUCAUUCAUAACAAUUACAUUAAGGAAAUCAGGGUAUGCGUGAUCCCAAAUGUGAGCUGAGGUGUUGUUGCUGAUUCCAUUUCCGUGCUGUAGUUAUUUUUCUGCUGCAAAGUCUGCAAGUCCAUCUGCCACUUGGUUCGCUUCCCUGUAUAUGUGUGUUAUCAUAUAUGGCUGUAGCAGUUGAAGAUGUUGUUGUAUUUCUUGUAUCAUAUUUUGAAUGAUCCAUGGUACCUUAGAGUGGUCUUUCGAAACUAGGGUU